GGAUGCAUACCUACAACACAUUGGUUAGUCUAUUUAUGACUGUGUUGUUUUUGGAUUUUCCUCCAAGCACAGAUGCAGACAUUUUAAGCUAUCAAAUAAAUUCUACGGACCACAAAACAGACUGUUUUAAGAGAGGGAUCAAUAUAAUAUGUUUCAAAGAAUUUCUUCAACCGGCAACAGAGACGCUGAACGAUACAAGCUCCUCUAAUUUCUUAACGGCAUUAUGGCGAAAGAUCAACAGUGAGGUUGAUACAGCUGCUAAUUCUCGACAUAAAAGGCAGGCGGUUGGAGUACCAGUCAGACGGGAAGUCAGAGCAGCUCCAUACGAAACCAACUUUUUCCGUUAUGCGCAAGCUGUACGGAGAUUGAAAAACCAUUUUGGAGUUCGUCAGGAUAUGAAUACCUAUGACAUCAUUGCAACAAUUCAUACAGGCGGAAAUCGAGAACAUCGAGGGUCAGCUUUCUUUUCAUGGCAUAGAAUUUACCUGUUGUUGUAUGAAGCUGCAUUGCAAGCUGUUUUUGGACAAGGUGUAACUGCUCCAUAUUGGGACUCCUCGUGUGACCAAGCGAUGGGAAAUAGACAAUCAAGAACAAUUUUAUUUUCAAAUAAAUAUUUUGGUACACCGCUUGGUCAAGUUACCGAAGGCUUUUUUGCAAACUUACCUGGUCAAAGAAUUAGGCGUGCAAUUAACGGACCGGGAGGAUUAAUUUCCAAAAAUGCAAUUGCAGCCGUGCUAUCAAGAAGAAGCCAUAGUCAGAUUGUACGAUAUGAUCAAAGAAGAUAUUGCUGGGAAUGCUAUCACGACAUGGUACAUGUUUGGGUAGACGGAACCAUGGCAAGCGGGACCUUGGCUGCAUUCGAUCCAAUAUUCUGGUGUCAUCAUGCAUUUGUUGACUACGUCUGGGAAUUAUUUAGAAGACGUAUUGCAAAUGCCCCUGCAGAUUAUCCAUUAGGUUUUCCAACGCAUCCUCCAGAGGGUCAAAUGCGAUUUAACAAUUACAGAUACCGACCAAAUCCACCUAUUACAAAUAGAGAAGGUUACAGUAAUAGAUAUGCCCGUCUUCGACGAUAUGCUCCUGCGCCAUCAUGUGAAAACCAGUGUUCGAAUAGUCCAGACUUAUUCUGUGACAGAAAUAGAAGAAUAUGUAUCUCCCAAGAGGCAGUGCCUGAAGGAUCAGCUCCAAUGGAUGCAGCUGGUGCCCCAGCUUUUGGUGCUUUUAGUGCGGCUACAGCCCCAGUUGAUAUUGCUGCUGGAAUGGCAGAUGUGACAACAACAGUUACAGCCUUACAGAGUAUCCAGCAAGAAUUAUUACAAGAUCUUCCUGCUGGUACUCCUCUUAAUUUGUUCACUGCAGAUCAAAUCGACCCUAACACUCGUCCUUUAUCAGUUUUUGCUGCUUAACAAAUGUGUCGUAUUUAUAGCUUACACCGCAAGUAAAAUAUCAGACACAUGCUUAAA